AUGUUGUUGCAUGUUUGGCUUCGGCACGAAUUAACCCACGUAGUCAUUGCCCCGUUCUAUCCCCGGGUUGGUUUGUGUGGCUGCACAAUGUCGGGAUUGCGGCGAAUCACCUCGAUGCUUGCCGCCUGCCGACUGAGUACUCCACUUACAACUCUUCCAUUCCUUAUGACUCGCAAACUACACUUGCCACCGUCUAUUCCACAGAAGAUUAUGCACCAGCAUAGAUACGAGCCCUACGCCACUCCACUGCAUCACAGCAGUCCUGGACAUGAGAAACUACUGAAGGAAGAACUCGUUGACUAUCCGCCUUAUCGUAAUCGCAAAAUCCGGCACGGUUUUCAAGACGCUCGAAUGGUUCGCGAUUACAAGCGCCGAAUUGUCGCUGCUCACUUCUCCCCCCUUCGAGUUCGUCUUAACGCCAUUCGCAAGAAUACCCUCCUUCCUAAAGACCUUCGUGACACCGCUUCUCUGCAAUUGCACUCCCUGCCACGAGAUAGCUGCUGGACGCGCAUAAUGACUCGUUGUGUGGUGACUUCGCGUCGCCGAGGCUGCAAGACUCGUUGGCGCGUCUCGCGCAUCAUCUUUCGCAAUUAUGCCGACUAUAAUCGGAUGUCGGGGGCCCAGUGGGCCGUGUGGAUUCACCAGACGUUGUGUACUCGACGUCACAUGCUUUGGCCGCCACCGGCAAGUGCAAAGACAGUGGGAGAGUACGUGGAAAAGUACUACAAGAACAUUGCAGACUAG